GAGGACCAGCCGCCUCCAGCCGACGCGCGCACGAGCGCGAGGGAGAUGGUCAAGGGGGCGCUCGAGCUCAGCAACUCCCCGACCGUCCUCGACAACUUCGGGGUGAGGUCGUUCUCGAUCUGCAUGGGCGCUCACCCCGGAUCGGACGGGUACUUCAUCUGGCAUGACAAGGUCCACACCCAGAAGCCUGGUCUGUUCAUGCGGGUGCCCAUUGUAGGAUCUUGAGACCACAGCUGGAGCGCCACCCUCAAGAAUGUCCGGCUGUCACGGUUGGGGGCCCGAGGCGGCCUCAGCUCGACGACCCUGGGGUGCGACGGCGAGGACGGCUGCACGGUACUCAUCGAUAGCGGCACCUCGCUGAUCGCAGCGCCAGGCAACGUCAUCAAGCAAAUUCAGGACCGACAUAAUCGACCACCUGGACGGCGACUGCACGGACAUGACGUCUUUCCCUACCCUGGAGUUCGACCUGGGCGGCAACCUGCUGUCGCUGCCCCCGGACGCCUACAUGGCGGCCGUCGUGGGGACCGACCGUGCCCGCGUACCUCGAGCGCACCGUCGCCCUCGGGAGCCUGGGGGGCGCCCGCCCUUUCCUGCGGCGCCCGCUGGGCGCCCGCGCGGUGAUCCCUCGCAACCUGUCCGUCACCGCGCCCGUCGGCGACUUCUCGGACGACGGCGCCGCCGCCAGCCAGUGCAAGAUGCUGCUCAUGGAGUCGUACAUGGAGUCCGACUCUGGCGGGCCAAUCUGGAUAUUUGGAUUCACGGGUCGGUUGAUUCCCUUUCUUCCGGAAGUACUACGCCACUUUCGACGUCGGAGGGCGAGGACGCCUCCUCGCGCGCGCUGUACCUGGCGGAGGCCAGCGACGACUGCCGCCCCGCUGAGACGUCCUCGCUGGCCCGCUCGUUGCCGCACCUCAGGCGCAUCGACAUCAGCAAGCUGGCGGCCACGCCGCUGCGGGUCGGGCACAGCAAGGUGCGGCGGAUAUGAGGCUGGGCACCCGACGCGGGCCGGCCGCCGGCCGCCAGCUGCCGCAGCGCCAGUCUCGAGGAGGAUGCAAGGGCGGGUGAGGAUAGGUGAGCCACGCAGAGAAACAGGUUG